AUGUCAUCUUCUGUAUCAAUCAACGAUGUCCAAUCUCCAAGACAACGAAUGAUAUCAAAACUGACCGGGAUAAUGGAUAAUAUUCUUGAACUCUACACCGACACUUCUGAUGAUAUUGACAAUCUAAAUCGCAUUGACAUUGGCAAUGAGGUUGAGUUAUGUGCAAUGUUUAAAAACAUCAUACGAAAGCGGACAGACAAUGAGCAAAGUCUUAUAGCGUCUUUCGCUAUAUCCCUGGACUCCUCUUUUAAAGGGUCUGAUGAGUUACCGACCGGUCAUGAGGGCUUACCAGGCAUAGUGGAUGACGUAUCGGGUGACUCGUCGGAAGAAUCCGAGUAUUCAAGUUCUGAUGAAGCUAGUGACAUUGAGUCCGAGCCAGCAGCAGAAGGCGACACUAUGGAAUACGAUAGUGAAUUUCGUGAUAUUCGUCGAUGGGCGCUUAGUCGCCAACUUCUUGUUAAAAGUACAGGACACAAAUUCAGCGUGGAUGCUUUGGAAACGCUCGCGCCAAAUGAGUGCUUAAGCAUCGACAUAGUCAUCGCCUGCUUGCACCUUUGUACGAAGUUGCCUGGAGUCCGUGCGGGCUCGUUAAUUGCUCUUUAUCACAAAGGCUCUAAUUCUUUACGUUCCCAUCGUCCGUUGGAAAAAGCGGCAAAGCAGAUUGCCGCUUGGGAUGAAGCGGAAAAAUGCCCUCGGAAAGUUUAUUUUUUCCCACUACUUCAUUACAACAACUCUUUUAGUCUUCUUGAAGUCGACAUUAAAGAGCGCUAUAUACAUCAUUAUGACCCCAUAUGGACUGCGAGAAGCAGAAUGGAUGAUGCGUGUAUGGAACAAUUUCCAACGUUUAAAUAUGCUGUCAAGUAUGGAAUAAUGCAGCCUGAUAGCCAAAGCUGUGGGCUUGCUAUAAUUGGAUAUGCUUGUAUACGCAUGCUUGGUUACCCAACAACCCCUGCAGACUUUGAUGUUAUUGCGUUUAGGCUACAAGCAGUUUUCAUCUUAAAUUCUGCGUGGAAAAGGGGAGAGUUAUUAGACGCUUCAAUGCCUCUGCCGAAAAGACAAGGGCUAUCUCAGCCGGCAAAAGUGCGAGACAAUAAGCGACAGAAGCAUUGA